GAUAAAGCCUUGGAGAGUAAGAAUGGACACCUGGACCUUUUUGUCCGCUUCCUUCAUGGCAUGUCACUGGAGUCCAAUCAGAAACUCCUACGAGGUCUGGUGACACAGACAGAAAGCAGUCCAGAGAGCGUCCAGAAAACGAUCCGAUCCCUUAAGGUGAUGCAGAGGAAGAACAUCUCCCCUGAGAGGUGCAUCAAUCUCUUCCACUGUCUGAUAGAGAUGAAAGACCAUUCAGUACAGGAGGAAAUCCAAGAGUACUUGAGGUCAGGGGACAGAUCCAAAAACCUUUCCCUUGCUCACUGUUCAGCGUUGGCCUACAUGCUGCAGAUAUCAGAGGAGGUUCUGGAUGUGUUUGACCUGAAGGAAUACAAGACGUCAGAGGAGGGUCGUAGGAGACUGCUCCCAGCGGUGAGGCGCUGCAGGAAAGCUCUACUCACUGGCUGUAAACUCACAGACACGUCCUGUGAAGUGUUGGCCUCAGUUCUCAGCUCAAACCCUUCACACCUCAGAGAGCUGGAUCUGAGUAACAAUGACCUGAAGGAUUCAGGAGUGAAGCUCCUCUCUGCUGGACUGGGGAAUCCCCACUGUAAACUGGAGACUCUGAGGCUGUCAGGCUGUCUAGUCACAGAGGAAGGCUGUUCUUCUCUGGUCUCAGCUCUGAAGUCAAACCCCUCACACCUGAGAGAGCUGGAUCUGACUAACAAUGACCUGAAGGAUUCAGGAGUGAACCUCCUCUCUGCUGGACUGGGGAAUCCCCACUGUAAACUGGAGACUCUGAGACUGUCAGGCUGUCUAGUCACAGAGGAAGGCUGUGCUUCUCUGGUCUCAGCUCUGAAGUUAAACCCCUCACACCUGAGAGAGCUGGAUCUGAGUAACAAUGACCUGAAGGAUUCAGGAGUGAAGCUGCUCUCUGCUGGACUGGGGAAUCCCCACUGUAAACUGGAGACUCUGAGACUGUCAGGCUGUCUAGUCACAGAGGAAGGCUGUGCUUCUCUGGUCUCAGCUCUGAAGUCAAACCCCUCACACCUGAGAGAACUGGACCUGAGCUACAAUCACCCAGGAGACUCAGGAGUCAGACUGCUCUCUGCUGGACUGGAGGAUCCACACUGCAGACUGGAGAAACUCAAUGUGGAACAUGGUGGAGAGAACACAAUGAAACCUGGGCCUAGAAAAUGUGAGUGUUUACUGCUGUGAAGAAUAUGACUAAGAAUAAGUCUUAAUUCAAGUUAAGUCAAAGUCAAAGACCAUCAUUAUUAC